AUGUCCCUCGACCAAGUCAACCAGGGGAAAGCCGUUGACUCCUAUGUCAAGAAGCAUCUCCUCCAUGAGGACAAAGGCUUGGAAAAUGCCUAUGCAAACAGCGCAAAGCAAGGUCUUCCGAUGAUUGCAGUCUCGGAGAUGCAAGGAAAAUUCGCCUCAAUGCUCACAACCAUCGGAUCAGCACGCAACGUCCUUGAGAUUGGCACUUUAGGGGGGUUCUCUACCAUCUGGUUCGCACGAGCCAUGAAAGGACGUGGAAAAGUAACCAGCAUCGAAGUAAUACCGCACCACCGUGAUGUCGCAAUUGAUAACUUGCGGGCUGCGGGGGUCCAAGUCCCCGAAGAGGUCGACAUCCUCCUCGGAGCAGCACUGAAUAUUCUGCCAAAGCUCGCAGAGGAGAUUGAGAAAGGAGCAAGAGAGCCCUUUGACUUUGUUUUCAUCGACGCUGACUGGGAUAACCAGUGGAGUUAUUUUGACUUCGGAGUCAAGUUGUCCAAGGGUAAAGGUGCUGUUAUUUACGUUGACAAUGCGGUGCGCAAUAUGUUGGAGAGUGGCAUUGUUGGAGAUGCUGAACGUGACGAAAAAGCUGUUGAUGUUGUGGCUAAUGUUGGGGCGGAUGACCGCGUCGAUGCUGUUGUUAUGCAAACAGUGGGAUCGAAGAACCACGAUGGGUUCCUGCUUGCUGUUGUGAAAUAG